CUCUCUCCUCCUCCUCCUCCUCGCUCAUCAUCUUCGUCACCGAUCACACACAGACACUCCCCAUCACUCUCUGUCUGUCUCCCUGCGUGUCUCAAAAACUCAACACUUUCUCUCUCUAAAACCACAACACAUUUUUUUUUAUCUCUCAUCACAAUCAAUCAACGCACCACCACCUGAGCGAGUCAUGUGUGGUGACUAAAGUGUCGCAAAACCAGAGAAAGAAAGCCAGAAAAAAAGCAAAAGCAAAUACUAGCUGAAGUUUUUCUUCUAUUGUUUUUUGAUACAAGAGACAGAGAGAGAGAGAGAGAGAGAGAGAGAGUACAGCCAAUCAGCAAACCCACCUUUAGUUGCAGACUUUUGCAGAGCUAGAGAGAGAGAGAGAGAGACAGAAAUUCCAAAGCAGAGCAAAGGGGCUUGAGCUCUGUCUAAACGGCCAUCUCUCCAACCCCCCCAGUUACACAAUUCCAAAACCCUAGAGAGAGAGAGAGAGAGAGAAACUCCAGCAUUUUGUGUUUUGGAAAAGCCCUAGAUUCAAAAUCAUUCGUACGGAAUCGUAUUCCUUCACUGGUUGUUUUGUUGCAAGAGUUCCAUGUAAUGAUAUACAGUAAUCAGAAAUGGAAAACAUUCCUGAAACAAAAGUGCUUUCUGGGAAGCUGCCUGCUGCAGGUCAGGCGUCAAUUGCCCGCUCAACUUCGGUAAGAGAAGGAAUGGGUCGAUCCGAUGUACGAGACUUAAAAGACUGGUACUACCCUGCACCUGUAAAGACCAGGAAAGGAAAGAACUCUUCUUUGCAGGAUCAAGAAGAACUUAUGAUUGAUGUUGUUACAUUUAAGGGCAGUGGUGACUCAUUUGAGGAAAUUGAUCCUACUUCUUUCUCUGGGGCUAGUCACCCCCCAGAACCUGUUGAUACAGGUCUAAUGAGACCAGUCUACGUACCAAUUGGUCAAAGCAAACCAGAGGGUAAAUACUUGAUGAAGAGCUUAUCUGUGAAAGGUCCUUUUCUAGAAGAUCUUUCAAUUCGUGUUCCUGGAUUCAAACCAAGCCUAACUGUUCUUUCACCUGCUGAGAGCUUGGUUGACGAGCCAAAUGAUUUGGGUGCAGUGACUUCACCGUUUUCACUUCCUCGGCCAUCACAAAAUACGGAAAACACUCUCCUUCCAACAGAUUCGGAGGAAAAGGAAUGUGUUUGGGAUGCUUCUUUGCCUCCCAGCCCAUAUAGUAGCAUUGAUAGUACCGGAGUGGUCACAGCUAUGAGCAUUGUCAAUAGCUGCACUAGUACAUAUCGGAGUGAUGGGGUUAUGAGUGAUGGAAUGCUUAGUGUGGACCGGAACUGUGAGAGUACAAAAGGAAGUUUCCGAGGAGAUUCAUUGGAGAGUGCAAAAACUAGCCUUAGCCGUGUAAGUGAUAGCAGUGGCCUCAGUGAUGACAGUAAUUGGAGUAACCUUACUGGAAGUGCCAAUAAGCCUCACAAAGGAAAUGAUCCUAGAUGGAAGGCUAUUCUAGCCAUUCGAGCGCGGGAUGGAUUCUUGGGUAUGAGUCAUUUUAAAUUACUCCAACUGCUAGGUUCUGGUGACAUUGGCAGUGUGUAUCUCUCUGAAUUGAGUGGGACCCACUGUUACUUUGCAAUGAAAGUGAUGGACAAGGCAUCUCUUGCAAGUAGGAAGAAGUUACCGAGAGCUCAGACGGAAAGAGAGAUUUUGCAGCUCCUGGACCAUCCGUUCUUGCCGACCUUAUACACUCAUUUUGAGACAGACAGAUUCUCGUGUUUAGUCAUGGAAUAUUGUCCAGGGGGUGAUCUACAUACUCUGAGGCAACGGCAACCUGGGAAGCAUUUUUCAGAGUAUGCAGCACGGUUUUAUGCUGCGGAGGUUCUGUUGGCUCUCGAGUAUCUACACAUGUUGGGAGUUGUUUAUAGGGAUCUAAAACCAGAAAAUGUCCUCGUACGUGAUGAUGGGCACAUAAUGCUCUCGGACUUUGACCUUUCUCUAAGAUGUGCAGUUUCGCCCACCCUCAUUAAAACAUCAUCAUUCGACUCCGACCCUUCCAAAAGAGGAACUGGAGGUGCAUUCUGUGUCCAGCCCGCGUGUAUCGAGCCCACAUCAGUAUGCAUCCAACCUGCAUGCUUCAUUCCCCGAUUCUUUCCCCAAAAAAACAAGAAAAAAACCCGAAAACCCCGUGCCGAGCCCGGAAUAACAACCCAUACGCUACCGGAGCUUGUUGCCGAGCCUACUGCAGCCCGCUCUAUGUCCUUUGUUGGGACCCAUGAAUAUUUGGCCCCUGAAAUCAUCAAAGGAGAAGGUCAUGGUAGUGCGGUUGAUUGGUGGACGUUUGGCAUUUUCUUGCACGAACUUCUAUACGGUAAAACACCGUUCAAGGGUUCCGGAAACCGUGCUACGCUCUUCAAUGUGGUGGGUCAGCAACUCAGAUUCCCAGACUCGCCGGCGACAAGUUACGCGAGUCGGGACCUGAUCCGGGGCUUGUUGGUGAAGGAGCCACAACACCGGCUCGGAGUGAAGAGGGGAGCAACGGAGAUCAAGCAACACCCUUUCUUUGAAGGUGUGAAUUGGGCUCUGAUCAGGUGUAGCACACCCCCAGAGAUACCGAGACCUGUGGAACAUGAGAUGGCUGGGAAGUUUACAGCAGUUGAAACAGUUGGGGUCGGUAGCAGCAGCAAAAGGAUGGUUGGAGCAGACGUGAAGCCAGGGGGUAAAUAUUUGGACUUCGAGUUCUUCUAGGUUCAGGGUUUAUGGAAUUCAUGCCCCACGUUGUAUUCGCAUCAUUAGGUAAUUCUACAAGACUUUCCUGCAUUACCAUGUUGGCUAAAUGCAUUUUAACCCAAUGAUUAUUAUCUUAUAAAGUAAAUUCUUAGUUGCAACUGAAAAAUUAUCGUUGUCAUCAAAUUCGUGGUUCUUGAUGGGGGUGUUUGUUCCCCAUGAUAUAGAAGAAAGAUCCUAUAAAUCCUAAACUCAUGCUUGUCAUUUUCAUUGGAGUUAGUACUGUUGAAUGCAUUUUACAAAGAAUGUAUGUCCUUUUUAUCUGCUAA